GAGGUGUUUUGUUGACGGUUGUCCCUACAUUUUGCGAUGAAUUCACGGGCUUAUCCCGCAGCUGGUGCAAUGUCAUCUUGCUAGCUGGCACCAAACUGGACUGGAAGGGAAAAACCUGGACCGGACUGCAGACGUCAUUAGCUUGACUGAAUGCCCAGCCGAGCCUCGGUGGUGUCGGUGAAGGAAGAAGCCGCGCAGUGAUGCUUUUGUUAUCGGUUUAAGACAAAAAAGGAGGAACUGUUUUCACGUCGACAGGAAAAAGGGACCACAGCUUGUGAAGUUCAUAUGCCGAACCAGCUUUUAUAAGCAUUCACCAGAAUCCAUAGGGAUUGACGAGCAUGUCUGUUGUCCAAUCAGGAGGGCCAGAAGGCUGCGUUGGACCAAUUAGAGAAGAGAAAGGCGGAUUCCAGCUAAUAAGGAAAACAUUCACGUCUGUAAAGACAUUUUUAUUGCUUAUUGUCUGCUAGAACACACUAAUAGAGAACUGGUUGCUUUAUAUAUGCAUCACAUGUUCUUCUAAAUUCAAUUAUAGAGAUAAUAUAUAAAGUGACCCCGAUAUAUGAAAGGGAUGUAGCUACUUAGAGAUGAAUGGCGCUAGUGUGUAAUUCAAACAUACCCAACAUGACCAGUUUUGUUACAUUUAUGAACUCAUGUGCUGUGCUGUGAAAUAGGAUUCCUUUGAGGAAAAAAAAUAUGUGUGCGACGAGGCUCAAGUGAGCCACUGUAGAAGGCUGACUGGACUGUGCCCUGUUUACUGAUCAAAAUGGCUAUCAUGAGACAAUUUGGACUACUGGUGUGGAAAAACUAUCUUCAGCAGAAACGUCAAAUCCUGGUAACUCUGGUGGAGAUACUCCUGCCCCUGCUCUUCUCUGGCAUCCUCAUCGUGCUGCGUCAGAAGGUGCCUUUUAAGGACUACCCAAAUGCCACUAUCUAUGAGAGCUACGCUGUCGACACGCUACCCAAGAGGUUCUUGCAACACUUACAGCUGGCCUAUGUGCCUGGUAACUCCAGUGUGGUGCGCCAGGUGGCAGAGGAUGUGCGAGGCAGCCUGUUCCUCUCCUCAGUGCGUGGCUUUGAAACAGAGGAGCAGUUUGAGGAAUACGUGAGAAAUGAUCCUCUGUCAGGAAAGCUGCUGGCUGCUGUGGUGUUUGAGCACCCUUUCAGCCAUGAUGAUGAACCUCUGCCUCUAAGGGUGAGCUACCACCUGCGCUUCUCCUUCACCCCACGCAACGCCCCACCCAAGGAAAAGUCGGAGCUGAACCCAAACAGUGACCUGGACUGGCACACGCUCAGCUUAUUUCCACUUUUUCAACUGCCAGGGCCGAGAGAGCAGUAUGACAAGGAAGGAGGCACGCCAGGUUAUUUCCGAGAGGGCUUUCUGGCGGUGCAGCACGCAGUGGACCGAGCCAUCAUGCGCUCUUACAACAGAACUGCCGCUGCGCCUCUGCUGCGACAGAUCAGAGUGGUCCUGUCACGGUUUCCGUACCCUGCCUUCAUAUAUGACGUCUUCAUCCUGGCCAUUCAGAACCAACUGCCUCUAGUACUGGUGCUCAGCUUCACUUACACCUCCCUCAAUAUAGUGCGAGCCGUGGUGCAGGAAAAGGAAAGGAAGCUGAAGGAGUACAUGAGGAUGAUGGGUCUCAGCAACUGGCUCCACUGGAGCGCCUGGUUCCUCAUGUUCUUCCUUUUCCUCUCCAUUUCUGUCUUUUUUGUUACUGUGCUGCUUUGUAUCCAGGUGAGCCCUAAUGGAGCAGUGCUGACCUACAGUGACCCCACGCUGGUCUUUGUCUUCCUGCUCGUCUUCACUGUGGCCACCAUCAACUUCAGCUUCAUGAUCAGUGCCUUCUUCUCACGAGCCAAUGUGGCAGCAGCAGCGGGCGGCUUCAUUUAUUUCAUGAGCUACCUGCCUUAUUUGUUCCUGUGGCCACGCUACGACUUAUUGAGCCAUGCCCAGAAGGUGUCAGCCUGCCUUAUCUCCAACGUGGCCAUGGCCAUGGGUGCUCAGCUCAUAGGAAUGUUUGAAGGCAAAGGUACAGGAAUACAGUGGUGUAACCUGUUUGACUCCGUGACGGUGGAUGAUGACUUCUCCCUGGCCCAGGUUCUUGGCCUGCUGCUGUUUGACUCUGUGCUUUACGGGCUGGUGGCCUGGUACAUGGAGGCAGUUUUUCCCGGGGAGUACGGAGUGCCUCUACCAUCCUACUUCUUCGUACUGCCUUCAUACUGGUGCAGCAGCCCUCGCAUGGCUUUAGUGAAUGAGAAGGAGGAAGAGGAGGAUGCAGAAAAGGCUCUGAAAGGAGAGUUUAUUGAGGAGGAACCUGCCGGACUAGUCUCCGGGAUCAAGAUUAAACACCUUGUUAAGGAAUUCAAAGUUGGCCACAAGACACGCAAAGCAGUGCGGGAUCUUACUCUGAACAUGUUUGAAGGACAGAUCACAGUGCUUCUAGGACACAAUGGUGCUGGGAAGACCACAACGCUGUCCAUGCUGACAGGUCUUUUCCCUCCCACUAGCGGCAGGGCCUAUAUCAAUGGUUAUGACAUCUGUCAGGACAUGGCUCUGAUCCGUCGCAGUCUGGGACUCUGUCCGCAGCACGACGUACUGUUUGAUAACCUUACAGUCAGAGAGCACUUGCUCUUCUAUGCACAGUUGAAAGGCUACUCCAAAGACAAGAUUCCAGAUGAGGUGGACAGAAUCAUCCGUAUCUUGAACCUUGAGGACAAGCGGCAGGCUCGCUCCAAGACCCUCUCCGGUGGCAUGAAGAGAAAACUCUCUAUUGGCAUUGCCCUCAUAGGAGACUCCAAGGUUGUAAUGUUAGAUGAGCCCACGUCAGGUAUGGACCCUUCAGCUCGACGGGCCACCUGGGACCUUCUGCAAGGGGAGAAACGUGGUCGCACCAUUCUGCUCACCACGCACUUUAUGGACGAGGCAGACCUACUCGGUGACCGUAUCGGCAUCAUGGCAGGAGGAGAGCUGCAGUGCUGUGGGUCGCCACUCUUCCUUAAAAACAAAUAUGGUGCUGGCUACCACAUGGUGAUAGUAAAGGAUGCUCUUUGUAACGUGUCUGAGAUAACCCGCCUUGUCCACAUGUAUGUUCCUAAUGCCACAAUGGAGAGCAGUGCCGGGGCUGAGCUCUCUUACAUUUUGCCCAAAGAAAGCACCAGCAGGUUUGAGCUGCUGUUUGCUGAGCUGGAGAUGAACAGAGAGGAACUGGGCAUCGCCAGCUAUGGAGCUUCUGUAACCACCAUGGAAGAGGUUUUCCUCAGAGUGGGAAAGUUGGUGGAUUCUAGUUUGGACAUCCAGGCUAUCCAGCUGCCCGCCCUGCAGUACCAACAUGAGAGACGCUCUCAUGACUGGACCACAGAUGACGCCAGCAGCAUCAGCGGCAUGACUGAUGUCACAGACUUCACCGACAGUGGCACCCUCAUCUCAGAGGACUGCUCUAACAUCAAACUGAACACGGGGGUCAGACUGCACCUGCAGCAGUUCUAUGCCAUGUUCCUGAAGAGGGCAUUGUACAGCUGGAGGAACUGGAAGGUAAUGGUGGCUCAGUUCCUGGUUCCUUUGGUCUUCACUGUGGUGGCCUUAGUUGUGGCACGCACCUUUCCCAAUCACCGGGAUGCUACUCAGCUGAGGCUGGCACUCAGUCGCUAUGGCCCCACCAGAGUCCCUUUGGCUCUGCAGCCCGGGGCAGGUCCCCUGGCCUCUGCCUUGGCGAAAGCAUACAGUUCUCAGCUCCCUGCCCAGCUAGGCCAACUCGUCAACAUCACUGACUUUACUGAUUACAUCCUCACCCAGGCGGAGGAAGAGGGCGGCAGCUUUAAUGAGCGCUGUGUGGUGGGUGCUGCUUUCCGUGGCAGCAGCAGCCUGUAUGCUGAGGCAACAGCCUACUUCAACAACGAGGGCUACCAUACACCUGCCACAGCACUCAUGAUGGUGGACAACGCACUGUUCAAACUCCUAGCAGGGCCGAAUGCUUCCAUCCAGACGGGCAAUUACCCUAUGCCACGUAACAUGUCUGAGAUCGCGCAGAGCCAGCUCACAGAGGGUAAGACAGGUUUUGCCAUCGCCAUCAACCUGAUGUAUGGUAUGGCCUCCCUGUCCAGCACCUUCGCCCUGCUGCUCGUUACGGAGUCCUCUAUUAAGUCCAAGCAUGUGCAGCAGGUCAGCGGAGUCUACCUUUCAAACUUUUGGUUUUCAGCCCUGCUCUGGGACCUUGUCAACUUCCUGCUGCCCUGUCUCCUCAUGCUGGUGGUAUUCCAGGCGUUUGGAGUCAAGGCUUUCGUAGAGGAUAACCACCUGGUAGAUGUGCUGCUGUUACUGCUGCUCUAUGGCUGGGCUGUUGUGCCUCUUAUGUACCUGCUCAGCUUUUUCUUCUCCACUGCUGCUACUGCCUACACUCGCCUCACCAUCUUUAACAUGAUCUCUGGCACGGCCACAUUUCUGGCUGUCACCAUCAUGACCAUCCCAGAGUUGAAACUGCAGGACCUAUCGCACUUACUGGACAAGGUGUUCCUGAUCUUUCCAAACUACUGCCUUGGCAUGUCCUUCAGCCAGUUCUACCAGAACUACGAAUUCAUCUCAUUUUGUACCUCCAGUCCCCUCAGCCGAACAAUCUGCAAAAUUUUAAACAUCACAUACCAGGAAAACUACUUCUCAAUGUCGGAGCCUGGUGUGGGACGCUUUCUUGUGGCCUUUUCAGUUCAGGGAGUGGUCUUCAUUAUUCUACUGUUUGUUAUCGAGCUGCAGUGUGUCCGCACUCUCUGGCGACUCCUCACAUCUCUGUGCAGAGGACGCAAACAGUUACCUCUAAUAGAGGAUGCAGCGCUCCUUCCAGAGGACCGAGACGUGGCCGAAGAGAGGAAGAGGGUCCUGGAGUGCCAGCCAAUAGUGGAGUCUAUGGUCGGUAGCCCCCUCAUACUGCAGGAGCUCAGCAAGGUGUACAGCAGUGGGACAAAUCUUUUGGCUGUGGACAGGUUGUCUCUAGCUGUGGGAAAAGGAGAGUGUUUUGGCCUCCUGGGCUUCAAUGGAGCAGGGAAGACGACAACCUUUAAGAUGCUGACAGGUGACGAGAGCGUUACCUCUGGGGAUGCUUACAUUGAUGGAUACAGCAUCUUGAGGGACAUUAAGAAGGUGCAGCAGCGCAUUGGUUACUGUCCCCAGUUUGACGCCGUAUUGGACCACAUGACAGGAAGAGAAACUCUGAGUAUGUAUGCCAGGCUCAGAGGAAUACCAGAGAAGUAUGUGUCCGGCUGCGUUGAGAACGUUCUGCGGUCGCUGCUGCUGGAGCCUCAUGCCGAUAAACUGGUCCGCAGCUACAGUGGUGGUAACAAGCGGAAGCUGAGCGCUGGCAUGGCUCUGAUUGGUGGGCCUCCGGUCAUCUUCCUGGAUGAACCUUCAACUGGGAUGGACCCUGUGGCCAGGAGGCUGCUCUGGGAUGCUGUUACACGCACAAGGGAAUCUGGCAAGGCCAUAAUCAUCACUUCUCACAGUAUGGAGGAGUGUGAGGCCCUGUGCACCAGGCUGGCAGUGAUGGUCAAUGGUCAGUUCAAAUGCCUCGGGAGUCCCCAGCACCUGAAGAGCAAGUUUGGCAGUGGCUACACCCUGCUGGCUAAAGUGCACGUAGAGGCUGAGUUGGAGGACAGUGACCUGCAGCUAUUUAAAGACUUUAUCGAAAGCACUUUUCCAGGAAGUCAGCUAAAGGAUGAACACCAGGGAAUGGUGCACUAUCAUUUGACUGACAAAACACUGACCUGGGCCCAGGUGUUUGGUACUUUGGAGGCAGCCAAAGAGAAAUACCGCAUUGAAGACUACUGCGUGAGCCAGAUAUCGCUGGAGCAGGUGUUCCUCAGCUUUGCCCAGUUCCAGCACUGCACAGAGAGCGGGAGGAAAUAAGUGGAGCAAGGAGUCCAUCCAUCCAUUGUCCAUUUUCUACUGUGCGUGUGUGUGUGUGUGUGUGUGUGUGUGUGUGUGUCGUGUCAUGUCGUGUCGUGUGAAGGACCUGUGUACAUGGACUUGUGCACAGGCUGGAGCAGAACACUGUUUAUCUCCAGCUCCAUUUUUACUUUGACCAUCAACACACACGCACAUACACAUACACAGAACACACACACUGGGCCAGUCCCCUAACAUCAACUUCAGCAUUUCUACUACUGUAUCCUGUUGACGUGUCUCUGUUGGGUCGCUCACGCCAUUGUUAUUGUUGUUGUGUGAUGAGACAGUAGGAAAAUUGGGAUUAUGACAUGAGGGGAUGUUGUUUAUACCAAGUAAUGAACUCUGCACCUUUUUAGUGAGGUCAAAGACAAUGACACCACUCAUUAGAUAGUACCACUACUCUGAAUUGUGUGUGACAGGAUUAUUUGUGUGUGUGCACUAAGGUGUGUACAGCUUUUUUUGUUAUUUAUGAUUUUAUUUUAUGACUUGAUUUUGUUUCCAGGAAUUUGAGCUUUGUUUUGGUGAUCAUCAAUCAUCACAAGAGAAUGAACCACUCUACUUGAUACAUUUAUGAAAUUGUUGCACACCUUUGCGCCUUAUCUAACAAAUGAGGGUUCUUGUUUCUUUAUAUUGCCCUAUAUGAAAUGUUGUUGCCAUAUGUAAAUAAUGUGGCGUGAUCAUGGUACUAAAACCACUUAUUCAUUUGGACCAGAGCAGAACUUUUACUCUUUUAAAGACUGUUUUCGGUUCAUUAAUGAAUGCAUGCAUAAAAUACAACUUACCGUGGUGCAUGAUUCUGGGAACACUGGAAGACCGUCCUUUCUGCUGAGGAUUCAUCCUCAGCGUAUAUUUAGUAUCCCUCCAUUGUUCAGCUCUUAUGAACCAAUGAUUCUGUUUUUGCUGCCAAACAAGUUACAGCAACAGUUUUUAUCCAGCCAUUCCAGUUUACGUGGGGAGCUGUUAGAAAGCAUCAUUGUGCGACACAGUAGAUUAUUUUCAAAUGGUGCUGCUGUUGCAGUAAAACAGGAGGUCUUGACUUCAGAUUGCAAAUCAAACUGCAUGCCAUUGAUUUGGACCUAAAACAGCAAGACUGCAAUGACCUUUGAGGUGUUUCUGAACAAAUCGUUUCUUAUUUCCUGCAGCUAUGCAUUUCAUACAGUUCACCUGUGUGUGUGUGUGUGUGAAUGUGUGUUUGUGUGUGAGAGAGGAAGAGAGAGUAUGAUGACAUAUUAUUCCUGAAUUCAUACAGCCUAUACAAAAACAGUACUACGAUAGUCCUUAAAUAUACAAAAACCAAGAGAUUGUCGUUGUGCAGUGGACAAACUUUACCGCUGUGUCAUCUUUAAUGUAGAGCUGCUCCUUUAGGGAAUGUCAGGAAAUGCAAUAAAAAAAGGCCUAAUGUUUAGUAAAACUUUAAAAAGUCCUCUGCGUACAAAUAGAUGCCUUGUAUUGAGGAAGAAUGGUCAGCGCAGUGUUUGUUCCUCUUUCAUUAAGCUCAGAACAUGCCCAUUCAUCACAUUCCCAAAGCCUUGUUUGUACUUUAACAAACUUGUAAAAAGAUGUAUGUACUCUGUAGAAAUAUUAUGAAUGACAUUUUGAAGAUUCCUCAAUUUUCCCAAGCAUAAUGAUGAGAAAUAAAUUCUCAUUUCCUGCCUGUCUUCUGUGUUAGAGAUCACUGCUAUAAUCUGCAAUGAAUCAGCAGUCAGAUUAACUCUCGUGAUUCCUACUCUCGAAAAAUCACUCUGGCUUCACAGAUGUGAGAUGAAUGUAUUUGCUGUCUUACACAAAAGCAAAAAACACUCUUGUUAAUCGACUUUAUGAACAGCUUCAUAUGAUUUAUAGCAUUUUCUUAAUGUCACCAGAUGUGUAUGAAAAGAAAGGAAAAAGUAGAGACUGACAUUCCAGGAAGACAGUGAUGUGCGGCUCAUUGGUCUUUGAAGAAUUUAACCUCUUAAUUUUGACUUUUGUUACAUUUGUUUGUAUAUUUGCACAAUUCAUGCCUCAUUACAUGUAUGACUUGAAUCAGUUGCGAUGUUUGUCAUGUAGUUAGAAAGGUUUUCACUGCAGAUAUUGAAGAAUUGAGUUAUGCUGAAAUACAGUGUAUCAUAUUUAAAAAGGGAAUUUACAUCAUUGUAAUUGUGUACUGUACUGUACCAUGGAACUGACCUUGUCAACUGUAUAUGUAUCGCUAUUCUUUUUAAAUUAAAUCAUGCUCUAUGCAAAUGGAAGCAAC